AUGCUUCGAGGAUGCUCCUCGGUCUUCGGUAGGUCGAUCCCCUUCGUCCGCCACAAUUCCUCGUUUCCCGUCCAGAGCUUCGCCGAACUCGCCAGUCGCCCGACCUCGCGGCACCAGAUUUACCAGUCGGUAUCGACGGACCCGUACGUCAAUCUCUCAAUUGAGCACUUUCUGUUGGAGAACGCGCCCGCGGACUCCAGUAUACUUUUUCUCUACAUCAACAAGCCCUGCGUGGUCAUUGGCCGAAAUCAGAACCCAUGGCUAGAGACAGAUCUCCGCGCGUUAUACAAUGAUCGCAGGCCGACUACGAGCGAUUCCGACGCGGCGCUCUACGUGCGGCGAAGGUCAGGAGGUGGAGCUGUAUUUCAUGAUGAGGGAAAUCUGAAUUAUAGUGUGAUAUCGCCGCGCACUUCAUUUACCCGUAACAAGCACGCUGAAAUGGUGGUCAACGCUCUUCAUCGCGUCGGAGCUCUGGGCACGAGCGUGAACGAACGACACGAUAUCGUCCUGGCGUCCAAGGAACAAGACAGAGGAAGUACACCCAGGAAGGUCUCUGGCUCCGCCUUUAAAUUAACGCGAGACCGAGCACUUCAUCACGGCACCUGCUUGCUCGACUCGCCCAACAUCCACGAUCUCGGCCGGUUCCUGCGCUCCCCGCGCGAGAAUAUAUCCAGGCAAAAGGAGUUGAGAGUGUUCGGUCUCCGGUUGGAAACGUUUCGAGCGCCCUAG